UGGGGCACGGCACCCCUUCGGUCCCCGAAAAACAGGUCUCCCCCGGGUGUAUUUGCAGGGCCCUUUCCACGCCUCUUUCCCUCCCCCUUCCUAUCUGUCUGGGGGGUGGGACGGGCACAGUCCUCCCAAACCUCGUCUUGGUUCUAUUCCUUCACCCUCGUCCACCCGGCCAGCUGCCGCGAGAGCCACUGGCCAUAGAGGAGAAGCUGGAACCUGAGCACCUUUCGCUCAGUCUUCAACAUGCUGAGAAUCCGAUUCUUGGCGCACCGGCUGCUCUGCCUCCAGGGUCGGACCCCCUCGUACUCUACCGUAGCUGCGCUCCCGAACCCAAUCCCAAACCCAGAGAUUCGCUACAACCAGCUGUUCAUCAACAACGAGUGGCGUGAUGCGGUCAGCAAAAAGACCUUCCCCACAGUGAACCCCACCACCGGCGAGGUCAUCGGGCACGUGGCCGAAGGUGACCGGGCAGAUGUGGACCUGGCGGUGAAAGCAGCCCGGGAGGCCUUCCGCUUGGGGUCCCCGUGGCGCAGAAUGGAUGCCUCAGAGCGGGGCCGGCUGUUGAACCGUUUGGCUGAUCUUGUGGAACGGGAUCGGGUGUACUUGGCCUCUCUGGAGACCUUGGAUAAUGGGAAACCUUUCCAGGAGUCUUAUGCCUUGGACCUGGAUGAGGUCAUCAAGGUGUACCGUUACUUUGCUGGCUGGGCUGACAAGUGGCAUGGUAAAACCAUCCCUAUGGACGGUGAGCAUUUCUGCUUCACCCGGCAUGAGCCGGUGGGUGUCUGUGGCCAGAUCAUCCCAUGGAAUUUCCCACUGGCCAUGCAAGGCUGGAAGCUGGCCCCGGCACUCGCUACAGGCAACACUGUGGUCAUGAAGGUGGCGGAGCAAACCCCACUUUCUGCCCUGUACUUGGCCUCCCUCAUCAAAGAGGCAGGGUUUCCCCCGGGAGUGGUGAACAUCAUCACUGGCUAUGGCCCCACCGCGGGGGCAGCCAUAGCCCAGCAUAUGGAUGUGGAUAAAGUUGCCUUCACGGGCUCCACUGAGGUGGGCCACCUGAUCCAGAAAGCUGCUGGGGACUCCAACCUCAAGAGAGUCACCUUGGAGCUGGGUGGGAAGAGCCCCAGCAUCGUGCUGGCAGACGCUGAUAUGGCUCACGCUGUAGACCAGUGUCACGAAGCCCUCUUCUUUAACAUGGGCCAGUGCUGCUGUGCGGGUUCCCGGACAUUUGUGGAAGAAUCCAUCUAUCAGGAGUUUCUCGAGAGGACUGUGGAGAAGGCCAAGCAGAGGAAAGUGGGGAACCCCUUUGAACUGGACACCCAGCAGGGGCCUCAGGUGGACAAGGAGCAGUUUGAACGAAUCCUGGGCUACAUCCGGGCUGGUCAGAAGGAGGGGGCAAAACUUCUCUGCGGUGGGGAGCGUUUUGGGGAUCGUGGCUUCUUCAUCAAGCCCACAGUCUUUGACGAUGUGCAGGACGGCAUGAAGAUUGCCCGAGAGGAGAUCUUUGGGCCCGUGCAGCCUCUGUUCAAGUUCAAGAAGAUCGAGGAAGUGAUUGAGAGGGCCAACAACACCAGGUAUGGCCUGGCUGCGGCCGUGUUCACCAGAGACCUGGACAAGGCCUUAUACUUCACCCAGGCCCUGCAAGCUGGGACCGUGUGGGUGAACACCUACAAUAUCGUCACCUGCCACACACCGUUUGGAGGCUUUAAGGAAUCCGGCAACGGGAGGGAGCUGGGGGAAGACGGACUUAGAGCCUACACGGAGGUGAAGACUGUCACCAUCAAGGUUCCAGAGAAGAACUCCUGAGAACGGCCACGUUGGAGGCCCCGCCAUGUCCUGCAGUUCCGCAACAUCCCGCCAGCGGGUGGAAAAAUCUGACUUUAGCCCGAGUUCCAAAGGAAGUGUUACAAGGAGUCUCAGCAAAUAAAGUGGUUAAAUCAGAGCUGUUCUUUUUACAGUAUAGAUGGUGGCUGGGCUCAGAGUGCCACCCACCUCGUCCCCAAGUCCCAACCUCACUGAUGACCUUCCAGUUACUGCCAGGAAACCUUAGGAGUCGCUAAAGGUGUAUUUAAAGCCGUUGAUUGUAGCCAUACAGAGGAAUGAUGAAUUAAUCCAGCCUGAGCACAGAACGCAGAGAGAAAGAAGACAGCCUCGUGCUGAAAUGCCCAAACCUGUAUCUGUAGUAGAAAGCAGAGCGGUGGCCAGCAGGGACUGGGGGGAAGGGAGGAGGGGAAUGACUGUGGCUAUUGGACCCCUCUUGAGGAGGUCUUGAAAAUGUUGUGGAAUUGGGCAGUGGACAUGGUUGUACAACGUUGCAAUUGUACUGAUUCACUACCGAAUUAUACUCUUAAUUAGGGUAUGGGAAUUAAUUUCAUUUUAAAAUUAAAAUAAGCACAAUGUUCUAUUUGCAAA